AUGCCGUACGCAGCCACGAGGACGUUGCCGCAACAGCAUACCCGCAUCACCACCAACGGGAAGGCCGCGCCGGCGUGCCCGGGGCAUGCGGGGGUGCCGGACGAGGCAGCGCAGCACCACGAGCACCCGUUGGCUGCGGGGCAGUGUUGCUCGGCCAUCGUGCAUGAGAUCGCAGCGCCGGUGGACGAGGUGUGGGCGUUGGUGCGGCGCUUCGACCAACCGCAAGCAUACAAGAGCUUCAUCAAGAACUGCCAGCUCGUGGACGGCGACGGUGCCACGGUGGGAUCGGUGCGGGAGCUGGUCGUCGUGUCCGGGCUGCCCGCCGACAACAGCCGCGAGCGGCUCGAAAUCCUAGACGACGAGCGGCGGGUGAUUAGCUUCCGGAUCCUGGGCGGCGAGCACCGCCUCUCCAACUACCGCUCGGUGACCACCGUGCACGAGGCGGCAGCGCCGGACGGGCCAUUCACCCUUGUGGCCGAGUCCUACGUGGUGGAUGUGCCGUCAGGGAACACGGCUGAGGAGACGUGCAUUUUCAUAAAUACCAUCAUUCAGGCCAACCUCCAGAACCUCGCGCGCAAAGUUCUGCGGUAG